CUUCACAGCCAGGCCACGCCCCUCCCGCCGUGCCCCGCGGCCGGAAGUGGCGCGCGGCGCAGGCAGACGUGUCGGAGCGGCGGGGCCGGAGCGAUGAUCACGGACGUGCAGCUCGCCAUCUUUGCCAACAUGUUGGGCGUCUCGCUGUUCCUCCUGGUCGUGCUGUACCACUACGUGGCCGUGAACAACCCCAAGAAGCAGGAGUGAGGAGACCCCUGAGAGCCCCGGCAGCGCCCGCCCUCCGUCCCGCCGCGCUGCACGCGAUGCCCCGGCCGCGCUGGGCGCGGGGCCCCGGAAUUCGCGAGGCCGAGCUUAUUCCAAACCAGUUUUAAAGAAAACACGAUGAUACAAGACGAAA